UUGUCCAAGUUUCUGGUGUCAGUGUUCUUCUGUGCCAUCUAUUACGUAUUGAUAGACUACAACUCACCCUUACCUAUAGAUUCGUCCAUGAACAUAAUCCUGCAACUGUUGUAUUUCUCCCUGGUGUCCUUUGUUGUCCGUUGUCGGUUCUACUUUGUUUUCCUUCUCAACGACAGCAUCAGCAAUGCAGCUGGGCUGGGGUUCGAAGGUUACGACGAACAAAACAGACCCAAGUGGGGGCUGGCGUCCAAUAUUGAUAUACUGAGUAUAGAGCUCUCUAUGAAUGCCAGAAACUCUCUCAACUCGUGGAAUAUUACUAGCUCACGGUGGAUAAGAAGAGUGGUUUAUGAGAGAGUGUCAUGGAGUCCAACUCUGGCCAGUUUCUUGUUUUCUGCCUGGUGGCACGGCUUCUAUCCUGGAUACUAUCUCGGUUUUUUCACUGCUGGUCUCGGUUUAAUGGCAUCAAAGAAGAUGAGGAGGUGGUGUAACCCAUUCUUCACCAGUCAUGGUCCAGUGUUGAAGUGGACCUACCACGUAGCCACGUGGGUCCUCACUCAGGCGUAUAUGACCUACAGUUGUUUAGCUGUUAGUCUGGUGUGGUUCCCUGCUGUCUGGACUUUCUGGAGUCACCACUACUUUGUUCCAACUGUGGCUCCUCUACUGGUACUGCUGUUGGUACCGUCCAGACAGUCUCAGAGACACAAGGACUCACAUGACGUGAAUGGUGAUGUCAAAUCUGGUCCAUCUUCAGACUCCAACACCAAACAAGACUGAAAUAUGAGUAGUGUUCAUUUAGUUACCUCAC